UUCAGUUUCGACUUGUCUCAGUCCAUGUGGAGGUCGGACUACUUUUCCCUCGUGUCUCUUCACCUGUCCCCUCUUCACCUGUCCCCUCUUCACCCGUCCCCCUGCACCUGUCUCCCGUGCGUGCGACAGGAUGAGGACUCCGUUGCUGCUCGCUCUCUUCCUCGGAUUCACGCACAUGGUUCACAGUAAAUUUCCUCACUGUCAGUUUUACUGGGAGUUGGAGAAGAACAGAGGAGAGUGUGAGUCAGAACUGCAGCUAACGCCCGGAAUACUGCAAGGUUGCCAUGGUGAGUGGGAGGACUUCCUGUGUUGGCGAAGUGCGUCUGUGGGUCAGGUGGUCUCUCUGCCCUGCCCCUCGGCCUUGCAGCGACUCUUUGGCAAAAACGGCAGUUUGAGCCGGAACUGCACUGAGCACGGCUGGUCCCAAGUCUACCCCAACCUCCACUCAGUCUGUAGCUCCAGGAUUCCAGACGAACCUGCACAGUUGCUCUUCUAUAAAGUGGUGUGGACUCUCUCGACAGUUGGACACAGUCUGUCUCUGGUGUCUCUGCUCUCCAGCUCCAUCAUCGUCUGCAGCUUCAGGAGGCUGCGCUGCACAAGGAACUACAUCCACCUGAACCUGUUUGUGUCGUUUAUGCUGCGAGCUUUGGCCGUGCUCAUUAAAGAUGGACUCCUGUUCUCUGACAGUGAGGCAGAGGACUGCAGUACUCAGCCUUCUCUGGUGGGGUGUAAGGCGACUGUGGUCCUGUUUAAUUACUUUGUGAUGGCUAACUUCUUCUGGCUCCUAGUGGAGGGUCUGUACCUGCACACCCUCCUGCUGGUCGUCCACAGCUACUGCAUCAAACUGGCCGUGUACAUGGCCAUUGGUUGGGGGAUCCCUCUGCUCUUCAUGUGUGUGUGGGUGAUCUGCAGAAUACACCUGGAUGACACUUGGUGUUGGGAGAUCGAUGAGAGCCCGGUCCCCAGCAGACUCAUCAACUGGCCCAUCAUGGCGUCCGUCAUUUUAAACUUCCUGUUCUUCAUCAGCAUCAUUCACAUCCUGGUGCAGAAGGUUCGCUGCAGUAAUGUCGGAGGAAACGAACAGUCACAGUACAAGCGCCUGGCGAAGUCCACUCUGCUGCUGAUUCCUCUGUUUGGUGUGAACUAUGUGCUCUUCGUUUACGUCAUGGAUCCGGGCGACAAAACAGUCAGACAGGUCAAAAUCCUGUUUGAGCUGGGACUGGGCUCGUUCCAGGGUCUGAUUGUGGCUGUUCUCUACUGUUUCCUCAACAGUGAAGUGCAGGCAGAGGUGUGUCGGGGCUGGAGGAGUCUGUCUCUCAAACCUGAAAAUAAUAUUCACUGCAACACCAUGAAGAACAUCGCCCCCCACAGAAAUGGCAGGGCACAGUCCAUACUGCAGACAGAGACCACUGUGCUAUAACAGGAUAUAUACCAGGACUGAACCAGGACUGAACCAGGACUGAACAAAAGACUAUAUCAGGACUGAACUAGGACUGAACCAGAACUGAACCAGGACUGAACAAAGAACUAUAUCAGGACUGAACAAAGAACUUUAUCAGGACUCAACAAAGGACUAUAUCAGGACUGAACCAGGACUGAUCCAGGACUCAAUCUGUUCUAAACUGGGAAUAUACUAUGAUUAAACCAGGUCUAAACUGGGACUGAACCAGGACUAAACCAGGUCUAAAUCAGGUCUAAACCAGGACUGAAACAGGACUAAACCAGAACUAAACCAGGACUAAACACAGACUAAAGCCAUUACUCUGUUUUGAAAUGUGAAGUGUUCUGUGUUAGAAAUUCUUUGUAAACAUAAAAUGAUAAAAGACCAAACGUCAGAGCCACUGUUCAAAUCUAAAAAUAUAUUUUCUUUUGAAUCACAAUAUUUAGACUGGCCAAAAACUGCCUCAGAUUGAUUCACUCUACUCUCUAUUAUUUUCCUAUUAUUGUGACUGGAGAGAACAAUAGGGCUGAAGUGCCUUGCCCAAAGACACAAUGACAGCACUUGGUUGAGGAUUGUACCACGUACCCUCUCACUGGUGGACAAACACAUAAACAAACUGUCCCACAUCAGUGAAUGCCUCACUGUCAAUAAAAGCACUGGAAAAGCAUGUGUUUUACUGUGUGGGCUUGCAUCUCCACAGACCAGACUCUUCCUGCUUUUUACAUGAAAAUGUAGUUCCUUUGAUUAUAAUAUUCUGAAAACGUAUCUAUCUCCAUGGAGAAUGUUCUGACUGGUUCUGUUUCUGUCUGUUUUAACUUUCUGUUUCCAUGGAGUAGUUCUUCCAGAAAGUGACACGAUAACUACUGAGAUCAAAGAUAGUUUUAUUAUUUGAGUUGAAGUUUAGAUUAGAUUAGAUCAGAGAAGUACAUUUUGUUUUUAACAGGAGCCUUUUUGGAUCGACAUUUUAGUGACAUGAUCAUUCUAGAUUUUUAUAGCAUGAAAUCUCUAGUUUAUUCCAACCUUGGGUCCAUCAGAUUUUUGCAAAACAUUUACAUCAGGACUGAUUCAUCACAAUCAAAAUCACAAUUUCCACAGAAGCAAUUUUUUUCAUUUAUGAAGUUCCAUCAUUUCCUCCACAAACAACAAACUCUCCUGUCUUAUUCUGCAGACGACGUGUUUAAAAUGUUCUCUCAGGGUCCUUCACAUGCAACUAAACACAGAUGCCCUCCCAAACACAUUUACCUGUGCUCUUAUUGUGUUUGGCUCAGAUCAGGAAAUAGAAACACCAACCUUCCACAGGCUCCACACUUGAUUUUUUUUUAAAUGUGCUGUUCAUUUAUGAUUCCAUUGUAUAUUUUUAUAUUAAACUGGUAAUAAACC